CUAACUUUCCAACCUCAACUAUUCAUGAUGAUGUGUGGCGCUGUUUCCCAGGUGAGCGAUGCCACGCCCAAAGUGCAGCAAAUAUGCGAUAAGAUGAAGCCACAUGCAGUUAAGAAAGCUGGAAAGAAGUUUGAUGUUUUCACCACCAAAACAUACACAACCCAAGUUGUUGCUGGGACCAACUUCUUCAUUAAAGUCCAUGUUGGUGGAGAUGAAUUCAUGCACCUGCGCAUCCACAAAACACUACCCCACGCUGGCGGGAAACUGGAGCUGCAUAGAGUACAGACUCCAAAAACUCACAAUGACCCUAUUGGUUUCUUCUGAAUACCUGUAACUCCCUGCAGAUGAUGCCACCCCCAUAAUCCAGCCAAUAGCCUCCAUGCCUGCUCUGGAUCAUGUGUACCCUUGUUUUUAUGCUCACCUGUAUUGUACUAUACUGUAUUGUAUACUUACAUUGGUAAAUGUCUGUCUUUACUAAAGGCCAUUGAAGCCUUUUGACUAAAUGUAUUUGGACUACAAUGUAAAUAAACAUUUGGCAGCUGACUUUUCU